GAGGAGGAGAGAGAGAGAGAGAGAGGAGGAGAGAGAGAGAAAGAGGAGGAGGAGAGAGAGAGGAGGAGGAGAGAGAAAGAGGAGGAGGAGAGAGAGAGGAGGAGGAGAGAGAAAGAGGAGGAGGAGAGAGAGAGAGGAGGAGAGAGAAAGAGGAGGAGGAGAGAGAGAGAGGAGGAGGAGAGAGAGGAGAGAGAGAGGAGGAGGAGAGAGAGGAGAGAGAGAGGAGGAGAGAGAAGGAGGAGGAGGAGCGAGAGAGAGGAGGAGAGAGAAAGAGGAGGAGGAGAGGAGGAGGAGAGAGAGGGAGAGGAGGAGGAGAGAGAGGAGAGGAGGAGGAGAGAGAGAGAGAGGAGAGAGGAGGAGAGAGAGAGAGGAGGAGGAGAGAGAGAGGAGGAGGAGAGAGAGGAGAGGAGGAUAAGAGAGAGAGAGGAGGAGAGGAGGAGGAGAGAGAGAGGAGGAGAGGAGGAGGAGGAGAGAGAGGAGAGGAGGAGGAGAGAGAGAGAGAGGAGAGAGGAGGAGAGAGAGAGGAGGAGAGAGGAGGAGAGAGAGAGAGAGGAGGAGAGAGAGGAGAGAGAGGAGGAGAGAGAGGAGGAGGAGAGAGAGAGAGAGAGGAGGAGAGAGAGAGAAAGAGGAGGAGGAGAGAGAGAGAGGAGGAGAGAGAGAGAGGAGGAGGAGAGAGAGGAGAGAGAGAGGAGGAGAGAGAGAGAGAGGAGGAGGAGAGAGGAGGAGGAGAGAGAGGAGACGAGGAGGAGAGAGGAGGAGGAGGAGAGAGAGAGAGAGAGAGAGGAGGAGGAGAGGAAGAGGAGGAGAGAGAGGAGAGAGGAGGAGGAGGAGGAGAGAGAGGAGAGAGAGAGGAAGAGGAGAGAGAGGAGAGGAGGAGGAGAAGAGAGAGAGAGGAGGAGGAGGAGAGAGAGGAGGAGGAGGAGAGAGAGGAGGAGGAGAGAGAGGAGGAGGAGAGAGAGAGGAGGAGAGAGGAGGAGAGAGAUAGAGGAGGAGAGAGAGAGGAGGAGGAGAGAGAGGAGGAGAGAGAGGAGGAGAGAGAGGAGGAGAAGAGGAGGAGAGAUAGAGAGAGGAGAGGAGGAGGAGAGAGAGGAGGAGAGAAGGAGGAGGGGAGGAGGAGGAGAGAAAGAGAGAGAAGAACAGAUAAGACAAGGAGAGAACAGAAAGGAGACAAGGAUAGAAGGAGAGAAAGAGACAGAGGAGAGAAAGUGGAAGGAGACAAGAAAAGAGGAGACAAGGAGGGAGGGAGAGAGGAGACGAGACAAGGAGAGAAAGACAAAGGAGAGAGAGAAGGAGGAGACAAGGAGAGAAGGACAAAGGAGACACAGCAGUGAACAGAUAAAGCCUCACUGUGCGCCUCAAACCUCACCCGACCCCGACUGUCUCCAGGCGACACCGCGUCCCCACCGCGUCCCCACCGCGUCCCCCCUGCGUCUCAGCCGCGUCAGUCCUGCGUCUCUCCAGCGUCUCCAUCGCGUGUCCCCCCCGCGUCUCCACCGCGUCCACCCCGCGUCUCCACCGCGUCCCUCCCGCGUCCACCCCGCGUCUCCACCGCGUCUUCAGCAGGACAGGAGCGAGCCCCGGCGCUCACGGACUCCCCCCGCGUCCCCCUGUCCUCCCCCUCACCUCCUCCACCGCCUCCACACCUCCACCGCCUCCACGCCGCUCUGGGUCCCUCUCCCCCCGGUGUCAGACCUCCAGAGCCCCCCCGGCGUUAGCGCUAACCCCUCCCGCGCCUCCUGCUCCUCUCCCCGCUGCAACAUGGCGCACAGUAAAGUGAUCCGGCGGCGGUGUCAGCGCCUGAUAAUCAGCUAA